AUUACCUUCCUCAAGUCAAUUAUUACAAAAUCGUCUGGGUUCCACCCCUUUCCCUUUCUAAAGCUCAACAAGGAUGCUGCUUGGAAUAAAGACCAACACAAAGGUGGUCUCCAGAUAGUGAUUCGGGACCAUUCUGGCCAGAUAUGCUUAGCAAAAUCUGAACCCGCCUCUUAUAUUCUACUGUGUGAAGCUAUCGCAAAGCGCAAUGGACUAUUCGAAGCACUAUCAGACAGUGUUGCGAAGAUCAUGGUGGAAACAGACUGCAAAGAACUCUGGUCUUACGUCUCAAAUUCACUGGCUAUGGUGCCUAUAGCAGCACAACCUGUGCUAGAUUAUAUCAUUCAUUUGUCCAGUUAUUUUCAUGAAUGUAAGUUCCAUUUUGUUCCUAGGGAGCUGAACAAAAUUGUAGACUCCCUAGUUAGGAAGGACAUGCCGGUGACAUGUACGACAAUUUAGCCCAAUUUCACUCCAUGGUUGACGGAGUUCGCCACAUUUGAAUGAAUAAGUUUCCUCAUACCCGAAAAACAAAAUCUCUCUCCCCCUCUCUCCCUCAAACUAUUCUUAUCUCUCUCAACAAGGCCAAAAGAAACAAAGUUGGAUGGUCAUGGUUUUUGCAUUUCAGUCAUCAACGACUAUUCUUUAUAAUUCAUGCGAAUAUGAUGAACCCUCAACCCAGGAAGUGUGAAUAACAAGAGCCUUGAAUUCAGGAGCUUUUCAAGCUUUCAUCUGAUAAGUUCUAUAUGAUGAACCUUUGGUUUCAUGGAACUGAAAGAAACCAAAAAUGCUGGUUUGAGAGAGGGAUGCACGACUCUUUCUGUAAGAAACAAAGCAGGAAGAAACUCCAACAGUUCAUGUCAGAUAAGAAAAAACCAGCAAAUUUCCUAGAGUAUAAUUAACUGCAACUAGGUAUAAUAGAUUCCAUCAGCAGUACACAUACACACAAAGGAGAGAGAGAGAGAGAGAGAGAGAGAUAUAGAGAGAGAAACAAACACAUGGAGAGUGAGUUGAAGAACAUCAUCAAGGUUUGGGUUUCAGGUUUUGCAUCUCUAAGCUAUUGUUACUUGAUAGCAAGAAGGAUCCCCAAGGGAAAGUUCAGACUCCUGUCCAUCAUCCCCAUCUUCUGCCUCUUCCUUCUCCUCCCACUUAUCUUCUCCACCAUGCAUUUCAGAGGUUACACAGGUUUCUCCCUUGCUUGGCUAGCUAACUUAAAGCUCCUACUCUUCGCCUUUGGUCAAGGUCCUCUAUCACUUGACCCAUCAAUGCCAUUUCUACAUUUCAUCGCCGUAGGUUGUCUCCCCAUCAAAAUUAAUUACCAAUCUCGACAUGGUAGCAGUACUGCGAAUGAGAACCCAUCUCCCCUUCCCAAGUUGCCUUACCCCAUUAAAGUGGUACUUUUACCUGUUGUGAUUCGUUUGUAUGAUUACAGACAAAACCUCCAUCAACAAUUUGUCAUGUUACUGUGUUGUUCCUACACCUACUUUGGCGCGGAAAUCAUUCUUGGCACUGUGGCAUACCUUGUCAGUCUUGUAAUAGGCCUAGAACUAGAACCAACAUUCAAAGAACCCCAUCUUUCAACCUCUCUUCAGGACUUCUGGAGUCGACGGUGGAAUAUCAUGGUCCCCAAAAUUCUGCACCCCACCAUCUAUGAGCCUACACGAUGUCUCGCUGUGCAGCUAUUGGGUAAUGAGUUCGAAUCAGUGCCUCGAGUGGUAGCUAUACUGAACACAUUUUUUGUGUCUGGUCUGUUGCAUGAGCUCCUGUUUUUUUAUAUGGGUUAUUGGCAACCCACAUGGAAGACCAUGUAUUUCUUUGCUCUCCAAGGGGUUUGUUUGGCAGCUGAGGUUGUCGUGAAGAAGGAAUUAGCCACUCGUCGGUGGCAGUUGCGCUUGCAUCCUGCAGUUUCAUGGUCACUGGUCAAUGGGUUCCUUUUUAUUACCAUUUCCUGGCUGUUAGUAUCAGAUAUUAUACAGCGUCAGCUGGAUAUCAUGGCGAUUAGUGAGUACAAAGCUUUAGAAGGGUUCAUAAAGGAUCUAAGUGGCUUUGGGGCAUGACACGGCCCACAGUGAUGUGAGGGUUUAUUAGGCUUCCAAAAAUUUUGUGAUACUUUUAUCACUUUUAAGCUUUAAACAUCAGCUGGGAUAGUGUCUACAAACACUUGUUUGGUGCAUAAUCCCAGCCUUUGGUUGCCAUUUAGGAA